ACACCCACAGUCUCUGGAGAGAAAAAAAUAAAAUAAAAUAAAAGAUAAUAAUUAAACAAAAUAACAAAAUUUAGGGGAUGGAAAGCAAAACCCAUCAAUAUCUAUCUCUAUACAAGUCGACCAACACAUAACACAAAGAAGCGAGUGAGGACAAAGUAGAAGAGACUUCAUAAUUAGGCCGCUCAGAGACGGCCACAUUUAGCCGGCUCUGCCCUUUAAUUUGCCACCCCUACUUAAUUCCAAAAAUACUCCAACCCAAACCAUUUCCACACCCAUCACUCCUCCUUUAUAUGCCCUCCCAUUGGAGGACCCAGUCAUAUACUUUCUCUCUCUACAUCACCCUCCUCGUCUCUCUCUCUCUACUUAACGUUGGCAGACACCCCUUUGUCUCUUUUCAAGGCUUAAUUUGAUGGCAAAAACUUCCCAACAAAGCCGGAAAAACAAUUCCAACACCACCACCACCAGCAGCAGCAACGGCAACAAAGCCACCACGAAGGUGAAGCGAACGCGUAAGAGCGUCCCACGAGAGACCCCGCCUCAGCGUAGCUCGAUCUACAGGGGUGUCACAAGGCACCGGUGGACCGGUCGCUAUGAAGCUCACUUGUGGGACAAGAACUGCUGGAAUGAGUCACAGAACAAGAAAGGAAGACAAGUUUAUUUAGGGGCCUACGACGACGAAGAAGCCGCGGCACAUGCAUAUGAUCUGGCAGCAUUGAAGUACUGGGGAAAAGACACCAUCCUUAACUUCCCACUUUCUGCAUACCAAGAAGAGCUUAAAGAAAUGGAGAGUCAGUCCAAAGAAGAAUAUAUUGGGUCCUUGAGGAGAAAAAGUAGCGGUUUUUCGCGAGGAGUUUCUAAAUACAGAGGGGUAGCAAGGCACCAUCAUAAUGGAAGAUGGGAGGCUCGGAUUGGCAGGGUGUUUGGCAACAAGUAUCUUUACCUUGGAACAUAUGCUACCCAAGAAGAAGCAGCAACUGCGUAUGACAUGGCAGCUAUAGAGUACCGUGGACUUAACGCUGUUACCAACUUUGACCUCAGCCGUUACAUCAAAUGGCUAAAGCCCAACGAAAAUAACCCAGACAACCCUCAAGCAAACCAAAACCCUAACCCUAACCCUAACCCCGACCCCAACAAUAUUGAUGAUGUUAAUCCCAUGUCAAACCCUAGUGAUGAGCUGGGACUAAGCUUCCUCCACCAACAGCAAAGCCCUAGCUCCGCGGAAGCGGACGCACCUCUGCCACGUCCGAUGAGUGGGGCCACUGCCUCGUCGGCACUAGGGCUUCUAUUGCAGUCCUCAAAGUUUAGGGAAAUGUUGGAGAGGACAUCAGUGGAAGAUAGCCCGCUAAGUCCUCCGGAGUCUGACCCACCACGACGGAGCUUUCCUGAUGACAUACAGACAUAUUUCGACUGUCAUGACUCUAGCAGCUACACUGAGGGAGAUGACAUUAUCUUUGGUGGCUUGAAUUCGUUUGUGUCACCCCUGUUCCAAUGCGAGCUCGACAUGUAAUUAAAGAAGAUGGAUUGGCCAUGUGAAACAACAGUUGAGAAAGCCAAAGUUCUGCUUGCGAUAUAUAUUCACAUUGUUUGCAUUUUAGAUAUAUGCUUCUCUUCUUUUCUUCUGAAUAUGGGAAGAAGAGAGUUUCUGACUAUUAUUGUUUCAUUUGUAUGUAGAUAUAGAUAGAUGACAUUCAUUUAUCAUAUAUAUCUUUUAAUAAAAAUUAUUUGGCAUAUAAGGGCCUUAAUUUAUUUAUUCUUCAA